GGUGGGGUUUAUUUCCAGGAAGUGUUCAGCGUGACUCUCCUGGCCUAACGUGUUUGCUAAUUUCACUUUUCGGCUGUAAUUUGCGCCGCUGCCACUUUAUUAGAUCGUUUUUUUAUCUCCCAACAGUAUGGGUGACGAUGAAGAAAAGUAUGACGGGAUGUUGCUUGUUAUGGCGCAACAACACGAAGGAGGAGUACAAGAGUUAGUAAACACAUUUUUCAGCUUCCUCCGGCGCAAAACAGAUUUCUUCACCGGUGGAGAUGCAGGUGCUGCAGAGAAGGUAGUCAAAGAUGCCUUUGCCCACCACAAUAAGCUCGCGGUGAAGGCCCACAAAGAGAAGCAGACAAAACAGGAUAAGGAAAAAAAAGAGAAAGCCGAAAGAGCUGCCAAGCUUGCAGAGGAAGAGAGGAAAAAGAAAAAUGACGACGGUCCCAGAAUUCAGGAACUGACUGAUGAGGAGGCGGAGAAGCUUCAGUCUGAGCUUGACAAGAAAAAGAAAGAAGAGGAGGAAAUGAAGAAUGUAACCACAGACUCAAAAAAUACAUCUGACAAAGCAGAAAAAGAGAAGACCGAAAAGGAGAAAGGGUCUGACUCUGAAGGAGAGGAGGACGAGAAGGACAAAGACAAACUGAAGCCUAAUUCGGGAAAUGGAGCUGACCUGCCCACCUACAAGUGGACACAGACUCUGUCUGAAAUUGAUCUGGCAGUGCCUUUUGACGUGAAGUUCCGCAUUAAGGGGAGAGACGUCGUUGUGGACAUCCAGCGGCGCUCCAUCAAAGUCGGCCUGAAGGGACACCCUCCUGUUAUUGAAGGCCAGCUCUUCAACGAGGUGAAGGUAGAAGAGAGCUCCUGGCUCAUCGACGAUGGCAAGGUGGUUACUGUCCACUUUGAAAAGAUUAAUAAAAUGGAGUGGUGGAACAAGAUUGUUACCACAGAUCCAGAAAUUAACACCAAGAAAAUCUGUCCUGAAAACUCAAAGCUGUCAGACCUGGAUGGUGAAACACGUGGCAUGGUGGAGAAGAUGAUGUAUGACCAAAGGCAGAAAUCAAUGGGCCUGCCCACAUCUGAAGAGCAGAAGAAACAAGACAUUCUUAAAAAGUUCAUGGCUCAGCACCCAGAGAUGGAUUUCUCUAAAGCCAAAUUCAGCUGAGACUUGCUGUUGUCGGCAGCUUUACCUUUAGAAUCGGCAUCUUGGUUCAUGUGAAUCACAUCAGAGCUGACGUCAGGCACCAACCAGCCCCCCCCCCCUUCAUCUCUUUACCAUUCUUUCGGCUUAAUGUCUUAAGAAUUUUUCUCUGUUUUUGUUUUCUAGAGAAUUAUGUCCACAUUCUCCCUUUGCAUGUCGUCUUCAUAUUUAAAGAUGUGUCUGGACUUUUUUUUUUAAAUAAAUGACUAUAUCAAAGUAUA